UAGCAUUCACUAUACAUUCAAGAAUUCGAGUUGGGUACCACGUAGUGCGUACUUCUGAAGCAUCCUUUCUAACACAAUUGUGAGUGAGGAGUGGACAAUACCAGCGUGGAAAUGAAGUGUAUUGUGUGAUUCAGUAUUUUUCUGAACGAGAUUGUGAAAAUUAGGUGAUCGGUGUGGUGUUCAGAGAGAAAUCUUCGAGUUUGUGCGGCUGGAUUAAAGUAAACAAGGUGAGGAUUUAACUAUUGUUUUCAACCUACAUCAACUGAAGAGCCAUGCUCUGGAUCCUCCUCUUCCUCCUUUCCCUCGGCUCGAUCCAGGCCCUUCCCCAAGGCGCCCCGACCAAGGUAUGCCAGACCAUGAAGCCGUUCCACGGAGGAGGCAUCCCUCCUCAGCAGGACAUUGCUCCAUACUCAAUCUACAUGCGUCGGUUCAACGGUGGCGUUCUCGUGACGCUCAUAUCCGACCUGGGAAUCCCAUUCCAAGGUUUCAUGCUCCAGGCCAGGACGCCCAACCGAGAGCUCCUGGGAGUGUUCCAGCCCCGAGGAAACGGCAGUCACACCAUCGACUGCGCGCAGUCUGGGGACACCCUCACCCACAACGACGCCAACAACAAGGCGAUGGUGGAGGUCGAGUGGCACCCGCCAGAGGGGUACGAGGGCCCAGUGGUCUUCAACACGACCAUUGCGCAAAAUUACCAAACCUUCUGGGUCGGGGUGGAGUCCCGGACUUUGAAGGUGAGUAAGGGGUUCACAGACGACCCCAUUUCGAACAUCCCGAGUCGGAGACCAUCGUCCUCCACACCGCCCAGUUUUUCCCCCGAGAUUAGGGAAGUGGAGACUGUGUUUGAUCCCUUCUAUGAAGGCUGCGGUGUCACCAAGCUGUGUUUUGGCGCACCGGCCAAUUGCAUCAACUCGAAGAAUUGCAAAGCCGUUGUUGGCGUGAUUGUGAGUGGCGAUAAAUACGAGUUUGAGAUGAAAGCGACGGGAAAUGCCGGAUGGGUGGGUGUGGGGCUCUCGGAUGAUGAUAAGAUGGGAGAUGAUUCGGUUAUUGAGUGUGUGAAACGGGGGAGCAACGUUGCUGCGUUCAUGUCGUGGACCAGUGGGCCUCCUAGUUAUGGGGCUGCGAGACUUAAUAAUCCACAAUUGGGCAUAAAACUGGUGAACGCGAGCAUAAUCAAUGAUGUUUUGUACUGCAAGGUAAUGAGAGAUGAGAGGACGAAAGUUAGGGGGAAAAUUUUUGAUCUUGCUAAUGAAAAGUACCACAUUCUUGUAGCGUCCGGCUCGCAAGUCAGUCCAAAUUCUGUGGCAUUCCACGACCUUGCCUUUCUGGCUAGCGGUAACAAGCAAUCACUUUCGGACGUGUCAGCACUGGCUGCGGCUUCCAAACUUUUAAUCAGACUUCAUGGUUCUUUCAUGUUGGCUGCUUGGAUCGGUACUGUUUCAGUGGGAAUACUUUUAGCACGUUAUUACAGAAAUACGUGGGUUGGGAGCAGCUUGUGUGGAAAAGACCUUUGGUUUGCUUGGCAUCGAAUGUUUAUGGUGCUGACCUGGGCCUUGACUGUGACCGGGUUUGUCUUGAUUUUUGUCGAACUGAGAGCUUGGUCAGCUGAGAAAAACCCGCACGCUAUUUUAGGGACUGUUACAACGAUUAUUUGCUUUAUCCAGCCGAUUGGGGCGUACUUUAGGCCACAUCCUGGCACUCCGAAGAGACCUGUUUUUAACUGGAUUCAUUGGCUGGGAGGCAAUGUGGCACAUAUUAUCGGAAUUGUUACAAUUUUCUUCGCUGUUAAGUUAACAAAAGCCGAAUUGCCGGACUUUGUGGACUGGAUUUUGGUGGCAUAUGUGGCCUUCCACGUCAUAAUUCAUUUAAUUUUAUCGGUGGUGGGGUGUAUUUCCGAAAAAUCGUUUGAAAGACGAGUGACUUCCUUCCCCAUGAAAGAUUUAGGUGGUUCUGGACGCAGUUCGGCGUAUGCGGACAGAAGCGGUGACGCUCCGUACUCCGGUUUCCGCAAGUUUAUCUUAGCCGUUUACAUUGUAAUAGUGCUAGCUAUCGUCGUUGCAUUGAUUGUCAUAACAGCCCUAGCACCCAUCGAAGAAUCUUGGAAUAAUUUGCGAAACUCGAUGAUGAAUGCCAAAUAAGACAUUACCAGAAAGUACCAAAUAAUGGCACUAUGCAUUAUGUUAAUGACUGAUUAUUUUUUAUUGUGAAUGUUUUACAGUAUGCGAAAAGCUGUGUACUUGAUAGGUUUAGUUGAAUAAAAUGUGACCACUCCGUACUAAGCGCUACAAUUUUAGAAAAUUACUAACUGCUUUUGCAUUGACGAGAAAAUUUUGCAAUCUUAUGUAAACAGGUUACCUUCAUUGGACAAUCACGCACUUUUAUGUAACAGGUAUUUUGUAAUAAUUUAUGUUUAUGAUUACUGUUUUAAUUAUUAUUUGUUAGGUAGGUAUUUUUAAUUGUCAGGGGAAACCUGAAUUAGAUUAAAAUUUAAAUAUAUUUGUAAAUAAAGCUAUUAAACAUU